AUGGUGUUCUGGAUGAUAUUUUACCCACUCUGUUCAUAUGGAUUUUGGAAUAAUAAGAGGUAUAAUUUAUUUAUCUAUGCUCAGGAAAGACAGGAGCGGUGGAAGAAGAGCAGCACAGCCCCGGGGAAACUGUGGAGAAACUUGAAGAUGCAGGAGAGCAAGCAGCCGGCGCGCUCCGCUCUCAGCGAGCGGCGGACCGGCGGGGACAGCGCGCCGCGCGCCCGGGUGGGGGACGCGGCUGAAAGCGGGGCGCCGGCGCCGGUGUGCGCGCCCCUCCGCUGGGGACCUCAGGACGCCGCCGGCCAAGCCAUGACGGACGCCAGCAACAGGAAAGAGGGCUUCAAAAAAUGCCGGAGCGCCACUUUCAGCAUCGAUGGCUACAGCUUCACCAUCGUUGCAAAUGAAGCUGGAGAUAAGACUGCCAGGCCACUUGCCCGCUUCUCCCGGUCUAAGUCGCAGAACUGUCUCUGGAACUCCCUCAUUGACGGGCUCACGGGGAAUGUCAAGGAGAAGCCACGGCCGACGAUUGUCCAUGACCCCCGGCCACCUGAGGAAAUCCUUGCUGAUGAACUGCCUCCGCUCGAUAGCCCGGAAGCCUUGGUGAAAACGUCCUUCAGGUUUGGUGGAUUGCAACUCAGUUUGUUCCUUCUUGUUUGCGUGUGGAGUGAUUUCAGUCCAGUUGGAUGCAUCGUCAGCAUGCCAGAAAAUUACCUCCUUUCUUUGCACUUACUUAG